CGCAGUCCUGGGCCUCCCGCAUCCCGCCCGAGGUCCGGAUGGCCGCCAAUGUGGGUGACCAGCGCGGUGCCGAGUGGGCAGCUCAGUACAGUCUGGGGAGCGGGCCGGCCCGGGAGAGCAGCAUGGAUGCGCCCAUGCACGAGAAUCCCGAGUGGGAGAAGGCCCGGCAGGCCCUGGCCAGCAUUAGCAAAGCCAGUGCCACUGGCAGCUCCGCCAAGAACAGCACCAACGGCCAGGUGGCUACUGCCCAGUGUAUUUCGGAGCACCUGGGAGGAGGGUGUGUGUCUGUGUCCCUCACUCUGUGCCCUGCCCCCCCACCUGUGUCCCUUCAGUAUGUGGCUCAGGCCGAUGCAGCCGCGCUCCAGCAGCAGCAGUAUUACCAGUGGUACCAGCAAUACAACUACGCCUAUCCCUACAAUUACUAUUACCCUAUGAACAUGUACCAAAGCUAUGGCUCCCCGGGCCAGUACAGCCUGACCACCACCUAUGCGACAGCGGCACCACAGCAGGCAGCGACCCCUGGGCAGCACCAGGGAGCCCUCACCCAGCCUCCAGUUCCUGGCAUGGAAGAAACGAUGUCCUACCCGACCCCUCCUCAGCAGUUACCAGCAGCCCAGCCCCCUCAGCCGCCCCCACCCCCACAGCACUCAGGCCACAAUCUGGGAAGCGGGGCUCAGCCGGGUUCCUCUUCAGCUCAGCAUGGGCAAGCUAGCCCAGUGACGAGUCAGGCCUAUGGGCAGCACGGUUACUCGGAGCCUCCCAAGCCCAAGAAAGGACAGCAGCUGUGGAACCGCAUGAAACAAGCCCCAGGGGCAGGCAGCGUCAAGUUCAACAUCCAGAAACGGCCCUUCGUGGUCACCAGCCAGAACUUUAGCUCUAGCUCUGAGGGACAGCACAGCAGCUUUGGGACCCAGGCCAGUGCGGAGAAGCCACAGAGCCACAGCAUGCCUCCAAACAGGAACUUCUCAGGGAAGCCAGAGGACUGGCCCCAAGACAUGAAGGAGUAUGUCCAGCGCUGCUUCACCGCCUGUGAGUCUGAGGAGGACAAGGACCGCACGGAGAAGCUUCUCAAAGAGGUCCUCCAGGCCCGGCUCCAGGACGGCUCCGCGUACACCAUCGACUGGAGCCGAGAGCCGCUGCCGGGGUUGAGCCGGGACACUGUGACGGAGAGCCCCAAGAAGAAGCGCUGGGAAGCCUCAUCCAUCCUUCACCCUGCCCGGGGUGCCGGAGGGACGCCUCGGGGUGGCGGGACCCAGCCCCAGCGGGGGGCAGGGGGCACCGGGAGCGCCGGCCGGGGACGUGGCAGCAGCUUUGCCACCAAAUUUGGGAACCGGAACGUGUUCAUGAAGGAUAACAGCUCAUCCUCGAGCACAGGCUCUCGGUCGCGCUCCUCCUCCCGCUCACCUUCCCGGCAUUUCCGUCGCAGCGACUCACACUCAGACUCUGACAGUUCCUAUUCGGGCAGCGAGUGCCACCCAGGGGGCCGGAGGAACCCAGCGCCCAAAGGCCGGGGCGGCCGGGGUGCUCACAUGGACCGGGGCCGAGGGCGCGUGCAGCGUGGGAAGAGGCACGACCUGGCCCCUGCCAAGCGCAGCCGCAAGAAGCCGGUGGCUGCCAUGGAGUGUGAGGACCCCGAGCGGGAGCUGAAGAAGCAGAAGCGCGCGGCGCGGUUCCAGCACGGCCAUUCUCGGCGCCUGCGCCUGGAGCCCCUGGUGCUCCAGAUGGGCAGCCUGGAUGGCGGGAGCGCCGACCCGGACUGGAACGAGCUCAAGAUCGUGGGGACCUGCCCGGACAUCACCAAACACUACCUCCGGCUCACCUGUGCGCCAGACCCUUCUACCGUGCGGCCCGUGGCUGUGCUGAAGAAGUCUCUGUCCAUGGUGAAGUCUCACUGGAAAGAGAAGCAGGACUAUGCAUUUGCCUGUGAACAGAUGAAGUCUAUUCGCCAGGACCUCACUGUACAAGGCGUCCGCACUGAGUUCACCGUAGAGGUGUACGAAACACACGCUCGCAUCGCCCUGGAGAAGGGUGACCACGAAGAGUUUAACCAGUGCCAGACGCAGCUGAAGUCGCUGUACGCGGAGAACCUGCCGGGCAACGUAGGGGAGUUCACCGCCUACCGGAUCCUCUACUAUAUCUUUACCAAGAACUCAGGGGACAUCACCACGGAACUCGCUUACUUGACUCGGGAGCUGAAGGCAGACCCCUGUGUCGCCCACGCCCUGGCACUGCGGGCAGCCUGGGCCCUGGGCAACUAUCACCGUUUCUUCCAGCUCUACCGGAAUGCUCCCUGCAUGUCUGGCUACCUUGUGGACAAGUUUGCUGAUAGGGAACGGAAGGCUGCUCUCAAGGCCAUGAUCAAAACGUAUGUGAGGGCCGCCCAGUCCCCCCACACCCUCAUUCCUGUGACCGCCCCCUCCCACGUGCUGCUCUCCAUCUCUCCUCCUGCGCCCCCUCCCCAUCACCGGCUGGCCAUCCCGCCCCCGUCCCCUGGCUCAUUCUUCAUCCUUCUCCCCAGGUCCUCGUGCAUCUCCCCCUCCGUCCUGCUGUCUCUCCUCUUCCUCCUCACCCCUCCAUUGAUCCCCCCAUCUUCCCCUCUCGUUCCUUCCAAAGCCUCCGUUCGUGUCUGUCAUACAUGGUUCUGGAGUUAGUGUCAAAGCAUCAUCAUUAGGCCCUUCCUGGGCAGUCACAGCCAAGGCCCAGGGUCUGACCGGGGGGAGGGCUCUGUCCCCCCCACCCCCACCCCCGUCUGAGGGGCCCUUGUGAGAGACUCAGAAGGCUCUCGUGAGCUGCCCAGGCUGACCCAGAGCCCCCGAAGGAGUCCCCUUUAGGGCCCUCCAUGCUCUCCUUCCCCGAGAAGUGGCGACCUCGCUCUGGCCUUCAGAGAGGGCUCGGGGUGCUGGCGUCGGCCUCGGGGGGGCCUCUUGGCAGCUUCUGCCUGUUGCUCCCAGCCCUCCCUCCUGGUGCCGAGCAGAGCUCUUGCCUGGGACGGCCCUUCGGAUACUUGCGGGUGGCUCCCCAGGACUUGUGUGUUUCAGGGUGCACAUCCGUGGCUUGGCUAAGCGGUCCUCCGGGGCUACCCACGUUAGGCAGCUCUUGAGCUAAUUGCCGUCCUCCUUCCAGUGUGGCUCCCAGAAAUGCACCCACGACUGACUCCAGGUGGGGGCUGAGCAGGGCAGAGGAGAGCAGGUGUACCCCCGCCGCCUCCUUGCUGGAUGUUGUGCCCCACAUGGCAUGCGUGGUGUUGGCUGUCACCCCUCCUGGCUCUUUGGGAGCUUGAAGGCCAGGAAGACCCCAGAUCUUUCUCAGACGGACUGCUGUCUGUCUGGCCGGCCACACCUGCUUCCUUCCCUGUGUGCACCCCAGGGUAGGGCUCCCCUUCGUCCCCGAUCCUCGGCUUGCUCGAUUCAGGCCCACGUCGGGGGCCAGCAGGGCUCUUGGAACCUAGAUUCAUCCGCCUCACUGGUUGGAUGUUCAGCAGCUCAUCCCAGGAGCUGCCAGAGAAGGGCUUCGGGCUGGGGUACGGCGGGCCUGUCGGGGGGUUGGGCUCAAGUUUCCCCUUGGACAGGCCUGUUUGUGUGACCUUUUGGGCAAGUGACUGAACCUCCCCGGCCUUUAGGAGCCUUCCUGAGAGCCCGAAUGCGAGCCUCGGCCUGGCCUGCAGCCCUUUAGUGGGGGGCCGGCAUCUUGGUGGGAGGGGCUCUGAGGGGGGGCAUCCCCUGUUGGCUGAGGCCUGGCACGUGGCAGGGACUCCCCUUAGCACGGCCCCCCUUCUGCAGCCGCCUCUUCCCCCAGCAUCCUCCUGCGGCUGCCGUGGCUAAGGCCCUUCCUGGGGUUUCUCUUAGACGACCAGCCUGGCAGCAGCUUUUGUAUUUAAAAAUGCCAGCCAGGAAGGGUGGCUGCGUGCCAGAGCCUGGGCUGGCCGCCAUGAUCUCCCAUCAGCCACCCGUUCUACAGAGGGAGAAACUGAGGCAGACACGAAGGCACUUGCUCAGGGUCACACAGCUAGCAGGUCCUUUCUGGACAGCUAGGAGGCCCUGCGGGGCAUCGGGCGGCGCCCUCUUGUCUUUAUGGCCCUUCGGACCCCCCUUGGAAGCUCCUCACAGACUAGCCCUGGAGGGGUGCCAUUAAGGAGGCCCCCCCCAUCCUCCCCGUUCUGGGCAGCAAGUGCGCCCGAGGUCUUAUUCCUCCGUGGAGCCCCAGCCCACCUCCCCGGGCGCUCCCGGCCCCUCUCUGGUCUCCGCAGGCAGCAGGAGGCCAAGAAAGCCCCCUCGUGGGCCCAAAGGCGCCCUGGUUUCGGGCUCUUGCGCGGAGGCCUUUGAGGCGCAGCCGGGUGGAGGCCCGGGAGAGGGCCGAGCCGCAGAGCUUUAGAACUGGAAGGCCCGACGGGAGCGGCGUAGUCCGAGCCGGCCUCUCCCCAGAGCCGCCAGGCCGGGAGGGGGUAGCCGAGGUCCCGCAUUUGAACCCAUAUCUUGUGACCCGGGCGAGGCCGCAGCCCGGGAGCAGUCCGGGGCUUAUCUGGGUCUUCCUGGGCCCCCGGACCCGUGUCCGUUCUGUGUGCGUGGCUGCCUCCGGUGCUGGUGUGCAUGCGCGUGUGUGGCCAGCCGCGACCCCCCUCCCCGCAGAUGCCUGACCC